AUGGAGGUAGUGCUUAGCCCUCUAAUACUUGUACAAGCAAAUCAAUUACUGGAAGCUCAGCGUCUGCUCGAAGAUAAGACAAGAUUACUGCCAUGUUUACUGCUAUUUGGUGAGAGAACGAGCUCUCAUAUUGAUUUACAAUAUGGAUUGGAUCUUCCGGUACUUGAGUCUAAGGGCGCAGUGAGUUACCAGUCCGAUGCACUACACAAACGAGUAGAGCUUUUAAAGUCUGUUUUUCCACAAUUGAAGGCAUUUGGCGUGAUGUUCGUUAGUGAAGGUCUCAAUCGUACAUGCAACGUUAAAGGGAUUCUUGACGAAUUGACGAAAGAAGGACCUAACAUGAGCUAUUAUUUCACUUACAAUGUGCUUACCGAAAAUUUCGAACUACACUGUUAUCAUAUUGAGCAGCCUCGACUUCGAAUACCCUUUCGCCUCGCAAACAACGACACUCUAUUGGCAGCGAUCAACAGUUCACAACAGUCCAAACCCAAACUUGAUGAUGGUAAUGAGUAUGAGAAACAAGCUGACUUUAAUAAGAAACUGAUUCCAAGAAUCGACAAAAUAAUCAGUUACUUAGAAAGCACCCCGGUUGCCGAUUCGAUCUUGAGGAAGGUGAAUCUCUUGAUUUUGCAAUUGAAGAAGGCUCCAACGGCAGACAUCGAGCAACAAGUGACAGAAAAAGAGAUGGAAUUGCAGGUACUUAACAUUAUAUGCAACCAAUGGGAAACCAGACAGGUGUUAGACAGAAGCCAGCCCUGA